GUUGUAACUACGUACACUGCGAGGAGACAGGACAGUCAGUAUAGCGAGCCGUUAAAAAUACUUGUCACGUUUUCUCUAAGAAGCUGAAUUACUGCAUAUAGAUCUGAAACAGCACUGAUACGGAUUUCUUGCUACAUCAGAGGGCGCCCCCUGUCUGUGCCUUGCCUCUCGGAAUGUCUAGUAUGGUGUUACUGUAGUGGAGAGAACCUUCACCGUCUAAGUAUCUGCAAACAGUGGAUCGGCCUGUUGAUCACUAUGCCUCUCUUAAGCGUCAGUCCCAACUCAAAGCAUAAAUGUAGCCCUGUCUGGCUCAUCUGUAUGUUCCUGGGCCUCUCUGCUGUACACACUCAUGCCAAAGAUGUGCUUAGUGUACCCCAGCAAGUAAGCCUGUCAGCCAGCACGCAUACACAGCAGCUAUCCAUAUCUUGGCUGGGAGGAGCAGCCACGACAUUUGACCUCAUAAUUCUAAGAACUGAACUCAAUGAAACUGUCUUCUACGAGACCCUGUCUGUGUCAGUGAAUCAGAUGAGUGGUUGGCACCAGUGGAACUGGACCUCAGCUGAACCUUUGGAGUGUACCUCACUGUCAAUCAAAAUUCGUUCAAGAGAUGGACAGGCAACAAGUGAAUGGAGCAAGACUCAAAUACAUCAAGGAAAUGAUUUCCCCAGCAAUGAGAAAUUCCAGAUGUACCCCCAGGACAGUGUCCAACCUGUGGGGUCCAACACAACCUUCUGUUGCAUUGUGGGAGAAGGAAAAGACUUUGGUAGCAUCCACUACGGUAGCACAGUCAUGAACACGACACGACUGAGCAGGCGAAGUUACGCCACUACAGCGUUUAAUCAGGCACCAUCCAGAACCUCGGGAACCAACAUCUUCUGUUUGGACAGCCAGAUGUCAAUGGCUGGAACAGUGAUAUUUGUUGGAUAUCCACCACUGCUCAGUGAUUUUGUGUGUGAGACUCAUGACUUAGUGACAGCUGUAUGCCGAUGGAAUGAAACACGAGACACACUCCUCUAUGGCAAACGAAGAACACACUUCUGGCUGAACAACAGGGAGUGCGGAGAGGACAACCCGCAGCAGAGGGUGAGAGAGUGUAGUGUGGCCCAGUGGGAGGGUAACUACACACUACUAGCUGUGAAUCCUCUCGGCCAGUACAGCCUCACUGACUCUGCUGAACUCAGUCACAGAUUUUAUCCAGUAGCACCGGACAACCUGAACUCUGUUGUCCAUGCCUCGAAUGCCACUGUGCUGUGGGAGUGGAAGUACAAUAGCUAUUCCUCCGUGGCUCUUAUCUGCCAAGUAGAGCUUACCUCCCAGGGAUCCAAAAGAUAUCAUACCAUCUCUGGUGUGGGCCUGCGGUCGGUCGUUCUAUCAGACCUUUAUCCUGAUGAAGAUUACAGUGUGCAAAUCUGCUGCGGUUCCCAGCAGAAUUUCUGGAAGUGGGGAAACUGGAGCAAACCAUUUACCUUCAAAACCAGCAUUGAUGUUCCAGAUGCUCCUGAUGUGUGGAUGUGGAUGAACAGAGACAACACUGGGCAGGUCAUUUGGAAGCCUCUGACAAAAAGACAGAGCCAUGGUCAGAUCACAGGUUAUGAAGUCACUCUGUGGAGCUCUGAAGAAAAUGUACAGCACACAAAAUUGUUUUCACCAGAUACCACUGCUGCACCGAUCAACCUCACACAGAUUGCUACCUUCAGCAGUGACAACAAGAUCACAGCAACCGUCAAUGCAAAGAACGCUGCCGGGUUAUCGCAGCCUGCAAGCGUAGUUAUAUUUCUGCGUUUGACAGAUAUGGAACCCCCUGCGGUGUCCAGGGCAGUUUAUAUGGGCAGAGGUUUCCCUCUGUCCUGGCAGAGCGAUGCCAACGCUACCUGCAGUUAUGUGGUAGAGUGGCAUGAUGCGUUCUGCACACGAGACUGUCCUGUGGAGUGGAUCACGGUGGCCGCUGGAAUCACUAAUGUUUCUGUUGAGUCAGCCAACUUCCAGCCAGGUGUGAGGUACAAAUUUUCGCUGUACAGCUGCAUCUCAGUGGCCCCAGAGCUGCUGCAGCGCUGGCAGGGAUACAUGCAGGAGCUGGUGCCUUCCAGUUCUGUCCUCCUGUCAACCAAUCAGCAGGACUCUGAUGUCCUCCUCACCUGGGAAGAGAUCCCACCAGUCAACAGAAGAGGUUUCCUCCUGGGCUACAACAUUUACAACAGUACUGGCUCUGAGCUCAAACUUCUAGCCAAUCUGCCAGGCAAAGGAAGCAGGAGCUACACAGUAAAGGGACUCUCUGAGGGCCCCCAUAAAUUUACUGUCAAGGCCUACACUGCAGCAGGCGAGGACACAGGCGCCACUGCUUCCAUAACUCUGGAGCCGUACAAUGAUUGGCUUAUCCUGGAAAUCCUGACUUCUCUGGGAAUCACAGCAUUGUUCCUGGUCAUUGUCACUUUCAUUUGCUACAAGAAAAGAAAAUGGGUGAAGAAGGCAUUCUAUCCUGACAUACCUGAACCCAAAGUGCCAGGUGAUUGGUCCAGGGCACAGGGGCCGUUGGAUGUGAAGCCAUCUUCCCACAGUAUCAUCCAUAUUGUAGAAAAGCCUGAGUGGGAUUCUAGUAAAGAAGCUCUUGUCGUCAUUCCUGAAGAAGAUGAGGACGAAGAGGGGCAGGGGAUUGGAGAUGAGCCAGUUGACACAGAUGAGCUGACGUCAUUACGCUACUACAACCAUGUAGUAGAUGAGAGGCCCAUAAGACCACGUUUCCCAGACUCCUCUGCUUCUUCUGCAUCUUCUUUGGAUUCAGCACGCACUGAUGUGACAUACACAGGGAUCCAGACCUCAGGGUCUUCUUUGGUCUUCCAGCUAGAGCCACAGGCCUCCUCUGAGGGCCACCAACCCCAUGCUGAUCUCUCUGUCAGCGGUGGAGGUGGAUUUGGAGGAGGGGGCUACCGGCCUCAGAUGCAGCCUACAGCCUCAUGUGAUGACAUGAACCUAGAUUCACCUGAGCCUUUCCUAGAGCCCCAGGCCGCCAGUGCUGGUGGUUAUAAACCCCAGAGCUCCUGGCAUUUGGACUCCCCCAUGGAGGCUGGGGAAAGUGGCAGCUUGGCACCCUCCCUUGGAUCCCCAACCUCAGUUGCUUCCACUCAGUUCCUCCUCCCUGAUGGAGAAGAACAUGCAGAGGAGAAACGACAGCUGUCAUCAUCAGCAGCAACCUGGUUCACCAAUCUGCUGUCAUCUACAAAACCAUGAUAUCAUCUCUAUCUCACUAUUAGCAGCCAGGCCAUGGGGUGGGGGGUACAUAAAACUUUCAGAUUCAUUGCUGUUACGAGUGUCGUGCAUCAGUUUAAUCCCUAUGGUCUAGGUAAAGAUCCCCACUGAUGUAGCAAUACAUCCCUAGAUUUGCACUUUGACAGCUGGUUAAUAAUGCUAUUUAAGGUGUUAAUUCCAAACAUACAGAAAUACAUAUAUAGUUAAUUUCUCUUUCAUGGAAGUAUCAUAAAUCAAAGUCUAUAUAUUUACGUGUCAAAACAUUUUUACUCUGACAACAAAUGUCAAAUGAAAACAUUUCAUCAGACCUCUUUUCCACACUAUUUAUUGCACCCCCUGGCAACCUGGUGGCUGUUAAAAUAAAUCCUUUCACUGCCUUUUCUGUAACUCCCUACGAUGGGCAUUUAGCAGGGGCAUAUCCUAUGUUUGAGCUGAGUAUAUCAAGUUUUUAACUUGCAAUUCAAAUGUUUUUAUUUUUUGUGAUGUGACCUUUACUACACUAUAGAAGAAAACUGAAAGCAAGAAAGUCUUGAUCCAAAUGACACCGUAAAAAUAAAGGACAUUUUCAAAUGAACACUACAGAAGACAGCUUGAAUAGAAAGUAGCAAAGUAGACAGAAAACCUCCUUCUUCUCUCAGUAUCCAUAUCUUCUGCUGGACCUCUGUUUGGGGUAAUCUUGCCAGCUUUAUGACAACUGAUGAGCUACUGAAAGGAAAAAAAAGGCAUUUUGCUGAAAAAAGUCAGUCAGUCUGAACAAUGGAAUGUUAACUGAAAGAUGCACUUAUGGAUGAGAACAGUCAUUAUGUUACACAGAUACAGGAGUGGUGCUUUCUAUUAUAGUUUGAAAUUAUGUGGGUGAUGAGCAGAUAUACACUGAUAUAAGCUAGAACAUGAAUACAAACUGAUGUAAUAUAAUGAACAAGUACUAUUGCGUACUUAUUUUUGCUGUUUUGUCUUCCUCAACCAGUAGAGUUUUUUUUCUCUUGUUAAGACAUGCAUUUCACAGUAAGGCCAGUGUUCUUUUUUAAUUUUAUGUGUCAUGAAUUAUCCUCAAGUUGGUGAUUGGUGGUUUUGAACAAAUUUUAACUUGGAUGGGUAAUUACAGCGUUUAAAUCACCUUUUAUACACUGCCUUGCUCCUAAAUGUCAUGCGUAAUGAAAAUGAAUUUCUGCAGUAAUGCACUUCAGAACGAACUGAUCACAAAUGUGUUGGCUCUGAGUGUAAUGUGCAAAAAAUUGUGUUUUUAAUCAGUUUUAGUGAGUGCUGACAUCUCAAAAUUUUGGUUACAUUAUAAUGGUCAUGAUGUUACUCUUAGCCUUGUCAGUAUAUUUGUGUGGAUUUGAUGAAUCCUUUUUCUUUGGUUGCUUUGUUUAAGCUUGUUUAUUUUUUAGGGAGAUUUAAAUCUACAUUACAUUUAAAUCUUUUUUAAAUGUGACUAUUUAUCUUUAUUCAUAGCAGACUAUUCCUGAAGCCACCUAAAUUUUAAGUUUGUGAUUGGAAAAAGGGACCAAGGGAAAAGCAUAUACUAGGAGAUGCUAUCAUAUAGCUUUUGUUGACAAAAAUUCUCAGAAAUGACCUUGUGAACAGUGGUUUCUUGACAGCACUUUGGCAUCUCUGUAAUGGUGUCAAACACAGGGCACUAAUUGCCCAAGUACACUUCACAUACCCCAUUAGCUCUCCACCCAUGUGUAUAGAGUGGGUGUUAAGGAUGCACCAGUGGCUGGGCUUCCCAAAAGCAUCAUUAUGCAAAUAUUAUCCUUUGACUGUCUAAUGAAGUGGUAACCAGGAUGUUUAUCGUAUUUUUCAGUUAGGCCUUGGCUUGCCUUUGUGGCAGCCUGUGGUCUGUUGUUUCUCAGUGCCUCCAGCCAACAAGCUUUAAGUAAAACUACUGUGACAUGAAUGAUGACUUAGAUUAACUAUAAUGGAUGGCUCCACUGAUGAACUCAUAACAGGCAGGCAGUCCUCUUUGACUACUGAGAAAAAUGUAUCCCCUCUUUCUCUUUAUCUUGUAACACUGAUCUGAAUUUUAACUUGUUUAGCGGGAAAAAUGGUUGAAAGCAUUUGUCAAAAGCUAAACCUUUCACCAGUCAAACUGAGUAAAGAAUUUCAUUGUGUGAGAUCAAUGAUCACUUCAAGGCAGUGUUAAUGGGUGGAUAUAGUUUUGAGUAUUUAAACAUGGCUGCAGAUUGUUUUCCUUUGAAGCCUGCUUUCUCAAACCAGCAGAGCUUUGGAGACUAACCUAUGAACGCUAUGUGUUACAUGCUUUUAUGUUGAUUUGAAUCAACAAAAUGGCACCUUUUUUUAAUUUUUUUUUUUCCAAAUCUUUGUUUUUAUAUGACUAACUGUACAUACUUGUAAUUUUCCUUAGUUUUUUUCUUCUGACAAUACAAGAUGCUAUGUUGUUUUACAUUAGAAAUUAUAUUACAAAUACUGCAACUUGCAAAUGCAGACUAACGAUCUUUCUUGAGAGAAUAAAGACAGAUGUUUGUUGAUGACACCAUAUAUAUAGAGUCCUAUAAACUGCAGUUGUAGAGCAUCACACUUUAACUUUAUAUUUGUUGUGUGCUUAAAGACAUAGACCUUAAAAGAAAAAAUCAUGUAAACUGAAUUAAAAUUGUGAUCCUGUCCUCUUAUAAUAUUUUAGCCUGCUUUGCAUUCCUAUUCUAUCACAGCAGUGUUGCUUUGCCAGAGACAUUAUUAGUAGGGUCAAAGUGUUCAUCAUGCAGACUCAUAUAUGGCAUUCAAUUUUCUGUUCAGUCCAUUAUUGUUUUGUCCAUUGUCGAUCCACAUUUUGAAGUGGAAGCUGUGUUUACUCUGUAGAGCGUUGCAGUUUUGAGGUUUAUACAGCAGGGUACUCUUGCUGCCUUACACAUCUUCAUCUCUGGCUCUAAAUGUUUUGCAAAAUCGAUGCAUGCUGUAUAAACUAUUACUACAAAGCAGUGGCUCAUAAAUACAUCAACUUCAUGUCUAUGUUACCCAAUGGCUUUAAAGCACUAACACUGACUAAUGUGCAUGACAACAUGACUGAAGUAUUGUGCACAUGAAAAAGGCUUUCAUUUCUAAUAAUGCUUUAAAGUUCACAAUAUUUUGCAAAAUAUUUUGCUAUUGAUGGAAUGAAAAGAGUGAAAUGCCGCUGUGUGAAUGAAUAAAUGUUAACACUAACAACACAGACUGAAAUGCUACUUGUUUAAAGGCAAUAAAGUUAUUUGUCUGGCCACUG